AUGUCUCACCUUGUUACAGUCUUGCUGGCCUUGUCCGGCUCUCUUCGAGGUAUAUCCGCAUCUCCAGCAGUAGCCAACAGAGGCGACGCACAAACAGGAUCUGGCGGAUAUGGGAAGGUUGUCAGAAAAACAUUCGAUAUCACCUGGGAGAUCGGCAACCCCAACGGCAAUGCGCGGCCUCUAACACAUGUCAACGGCCGGUUCCCGGGCCCUGAUCUUAUUGUUGAUGAAGAUGAUUGGGUUGAGGUAACAGUCAAUAAUCACCAACCAUUCAAUACCUCAGUUCACUGGCAUGGCCUCUCCAUGGCGGGAACUCCCUGGUCUGACGGUAUGCCGGGACUCUCGCAACAACCUAUCGAACCAGGCGAGAGUUAUGUCUACCGAUUUAGAGCCACGCCUCCCGGUACAUACUGGUAUCACUCACACUCACGCAUGGACAUGCUCGAAGGGUUGUACGGUGCUCUCUUCAUUAGGCGAAAAGAGGGCGCACCCGCCCCCUUUUCCAUGAUUACUAAUCGGAGCUGCGAGGUCAAAGCCAUGGCCGCGGCCGCCAAGGAUCCAACUCUGGUUGUACUUUCCGAGUGGACCAACUUCACUGCAGGGGAGUAUAUGCUGGCUCAGGAAAAGUCCGAGCUCGAUAUCUUUUGCAUGGACAGUCUGCUCGUCAAUGGCAGAGGAUCCCUAUUCUGUCCUCCUUACGAACAGAUACUAGGUAUGGUGAGAUACGGUAUUGAGCAGGUCUUGCUUCCCGGUAAAGUCAAUGACAAAGGAUGUCUGCCGUUUGUGGAGAUCACAGAAGGUCCAUUCCUCCCUGGGAAGCCAGAGAAUAUCCCACCUGGGCUUCAAUCAGGAUGCGUUGCUGCCAAUGGCUCCAUGUCGACGAUUGAAGUCGACCCGAAGUCUCACGGUGGUUGGGUCAGCAUCAACAUCGUCAUGGCCUCCACGCUGCGGAUUGCUGAGUUCUCAAUCGACAAGCAUGAGCUUUGGCUCUAUGAGGUUGACGGGGAGUACGUUGAACCGACCAAAGCCCACGCUAUCAGUACUUAUCCUGGCCAACGACUCGCCCUGCUUGUGAAACUGGACCAAAUCCCCUCUGACUACACCAUUCGAUUUGCCGAUAAUGGAGCUGGGCAAAUUGUGAGUGGGUAUGCCGUGUUGAGUUACAAGGGUGGUAAGCCUUUGACGAACUACACUGUCGGCUACACUCUCCCGUUUGAUCAGAAGGACGGUUACAUAAACUAUGGUGGCCAGAACAGGACUGAGGAUGUCAUCAUAUUUGAUACCCAUAGCCCGACACCCCCUUUUCCGGCAAACCCUCCAGCCAUCCCUCAAAAAGAAGGUGACGAACUGUUUCUUCUCACAAUGGGUCGUCAUGGUGCCGCAUGGAAAUGGACCAUGACAGGCAAGGAACUAUAUGAAGCAGAUCGCGAUGCUUACACCCCCUUGUUGUACUACCCCAACUCAACCGAUGCCCUCGAUGACCAGCUCGUGAUCCGCACGAAAAAUGGCAGUUGGGUCGAUAUCAUCUUACAGGUCGGCGCACUGCCUGAUGAGCCGCUGGAAAUCGGACACGCUAUUCACAAGCAUGGUAAUAAGUUUUGGAUCAUCGGCCGUGGUCUCGGCGUUUGGAACUAUACGUCUGUCGCUCAGGCAAUCGAGGAGCAGCCUGGUUCGUUUAAUCUCAAGAACCCCAACAUUCGCGACACAGCCAUUACCGAGUUUGUUGGCGCCAUGUGGGUCGCUAUUCGCUACCAUUCCAACAACCCAGGUGCUUGGUUGCUACAUUGCCACGUUGAGACUCACCUAGCUGGAGGUAUGGGCAUUGCUAUACUUGACGGUGCUGAGGCAUUGCCUACCAUUCCACCAGAAUAUGCUCUUGGCAGGAACGGCUUUUAA